UGUGUUGCUCUCUCCGAUGGCGUGAAUGCCGCCAUGUAAAUUGGCCUGCUUUUGAGAUGAGGGGAUCUAAACGCCAACGUGCUCAACUGGCCAAGGAGGGUUGCCCGACGCGUGACGCGCGCGCGCGCGCUUGGCUGUCAAAUGGCAACACGCUGCUAUCGCGAGCGCAACUCCUCCCAGCUGAGCUGACAGCACAAGCCCACUCGUCUCCGUUCCCAGCGCGAUGGUGUCGUGGAUCAUCUCCAGACUCGUUGUGCUCGUGUUUGGGACGUUGUACCCUGCGUACUCCUCCUACAAAGCUGUGAAGUCGAAGGAUGUGAGAGAAUAUGUGAAAUGGAUGAUGUACUGGAUUAUAUUCGCUCUCUUCACCGCAGCAGAAGUCCUCACUGAUAUCUUCCUCUACUGGGUGCCCUUCUAUUAUGAGCUGAAGAUUGCCUUCGUGGUGUGGCUCCUCUCCCCCUACACCAAGGGCUCCAGCGUGCUCUACCGCAAGUUCGUCCACCCCACACUCUCCUCCAAAGAGAAGGAUAUUGAUGAGUACCUGAACCAGGCCAAGGACAAGAGCUAUGACACGCUGGUGCAUUAUGGGAGAAAAGGACUGAAUGUGGCCGCCACAGCAGCUGUAGCGGCCGCCUCAAAGGGUCAGGGCGUUCUGUCGGACCGGCUGCGGAGCUUCAGUAUGCAUGACAUCGCCGCCCUGCAGGCCGAGGGGGGAACAGCACUUCCCUCCAGCACGACUCAGGCAGGCCCCGGCCAAUCACGCGCACGCGCCAUGAUGCGCAGCAAAUCAGAAUCCAGCUACAGCAAGGGCCAGGAGUUUGACGGUGUUGACUUUGAGCUCCUGAGCUUGGAUCAGUGUGACCCUGUAGAGCCACCGUCCCCCCCGAGCCCCACCCUCCCCUCGCCGACUCCUCCCUCCACGCCCACGCCUGCCGCUCAGCCCCUCCCCCCCGAGUUGCCGGGGGAGACGACCUCUGACCCGGACGUCCCCUCUGACCCCGCCCACCUCCGGCAGGUGAAGAGACGCGCUCCCGAGCCUCCUCCUAGGUCGCAGCGUCCGGUCACCAGGUCGCGGUCGAAGAGCUCCCUCUCAGGAAGUGAGGUCAUGUGAUCCUGACUCCGCCCCUCGGCUGUCCUCUCUGAGCUCUCGACCAAUCAUGCCUCCAGACAAGCGCAGCCGUGGCAACCAAAGUGAUGCGAAAACACAAGCGCAGCCUUGGCAACCAAAGUGAUGCGAAAACACCUUUGACCUUUGACCUCUGUAGGCAGGGGUCAAGGGUCAGCGUGCAGCGAGCCCUUUGCUCCAGUCGAGCACCUCUUCUCUUGCAUCCGUAUGGAUUGUGUACAUAUUGAGUGAGUGUAUACGGUGUGUGUGAGGAGUGGAGAGUGUGUGUGAGUGUAUCACUGACUGCUGUCUGUGGGGUCUGCUCAGGGGCGGGGCUUGUCUAAGGGGCGGGGCUUGUAUAUG